AUGCCCGUAUCUCACCCCCACCGAUCAAGAUAUGCACGGCGUGAUGCCGACUCUGCGAGCCGCUCAUCACAGCUUCGAUCCGCGUACCUUCGUGGACGCUCCUAUCUCGACACGACAUACCAGGCAUUCCUGUCGCUACCACCAGAACAGCGCUACAUCAUCUACUUUGCCGUCGCUGUCAAAGCGCUCAUCCUCGGCGUCGUACUCUACAUUGGCCCCGAAGCAAUGUUCAACGCGACAGCCAAGCUGGCUAUCUGGUUCGGCUCGCAAUCCUACGGCGCUGCUCUUCUCAUCGUGCUCGUCGUCAUCGUCAGCUUCCCGCCGCUCAUCGGCUACGGAACUUCAAUCACUCUGUUCGGCCUCGGUUGGGGAGUGCAUGCAGAAGCCACGUCGGAGCAUGCCGAACUUCGUGGGAAUCUCCUGCAAGCUUGGCUGCUGGCUUCUUUUGCCUGCCUGCUCGGUGCAACUGUCUCGUUCGCCGUGCUUCGGUUUUUGAUCGUACACCACUCCAAACGUGUAGCUUGGAUCAGCAAGACUCUCAACGAUCCCAAGUACACCGCUCUGUCCACUGCUGUGCGGCGCAGAGGAUUGUUCAUGGCCAUCCUCAUUCGCUUUUGUCCGUUUCCUUUCGCCUACUCGAACCUCUUCUUCGCAAGUCUCGUCGACGCUGUCACCUUCAAACACUUUUUCAUGGCUACCGCCUUGAUCACGCCCAAGUUGUUGUUGCACGUUUGGUUAGGCACGAGGAUGUUUCAGUUGAUGGACAGGGAUCAGAGAGCGCAGUUGGAUGGGUGGGCGAAGUUCUUGAACGUAGUGUACAUUGCCGUCGGAUCGGUUGUAGGCGUGGCCACCGGUUGGAUCGUGUGGAACGAAACGACAAAGGUCUUGGAGGCCAUCGAGAGGGAGGCGCAGUCGGAGAAUGCUCCGAGGGGAAACGGUGCGGAACCGCAUCAACGUAGAACUGCCGAAUCGCCCUAUCGUGAUGCUCAGGAGAGUAGCAAGAAGCGAGAAAAUGCUUCGGAAGCGUCGCCCUUCGUCCUGGACUUUGACGAGGAGGCAGACGAGGAACAAGUAGAAGAUCAAGUCGGCACCAGUCAAAAGCAUCGUGAUGAUACACCCAAGCAAAGCCUUCUGCCGCGGUGA